AUGUUCCGCUACGAGUCUUUAGAGGAUUGUCCUCUGGACGAAGAUGAAGAUGCCUUUCAGGGCUUGGGAGAGGAAGAUGAAGAGAUUGAUCAAUUCAAUGAUGAUACGUUUGGGUCAGGUGCAGUUGAUGAUGACUGGCAGGAAGCACAUGAGCGCCUGGCUGAACUGGAAGAGAAGCUCCCAGCGGCAGUUAAUGAACAAACGGGCAAUGGAGAAAGGGAUGAGAUGGACUUGCUGGGUGACCAUGAGGAGAAUCUGGCAGAAAGGCUCAGUAAGAUGGUGAUUGAGAAUGAGCUAGAAGAUCCAGCUAUCAUGAGGGCAGUGCAGACCAGACCAGUCCUGCAACCCCAACCAGGGAGUCUCAAUUCCAGCAUCUGGGAUGGAUCUGAAGUUCUGAGGCGAAUCCGAGGACCACUGCUAACUCAGGAAAUGCCUACAGUGUCUGUAUUAGAAUAUGCCCUGCCUCAGAGGCCCCCACAGGGCCCAGAAGAUGAUCGGGACCUUUCUGAGCGUGCUUUGCCGCGGCGGUCCACGUCACCUGUCAUUGGGAGCCCUCCUGUUAGAGCCGUCCCCAUAGGCACCCCACCUAAGCAGAUGGCUGUACCCAGCUUCAGCCAACAGAUCCUGUGUCCGAAGCCUGUCCAUGUCCGGCCCCCGAUGCCACCGCGCUAUCCUGCUCCCUACAGUGAGAGGGCGUCCCCAAACCAGCUCUGCAGUGUCCCGAACUCUUCCCUGCUGGGUCACCCUUUCCCUCCUAGUGUUCCUCCUGUCCUCAGCCCCCUCCAGAGAGCACAGCUUCUGGGAGGAGCACAGCUGCCGCCUGGACGGAUGUCUCCCAGCCAGUUUGCACGGGUUCCUGGAUUUGUUGGUAGCCCGCUUGCCGCCAUGAAUCCCAAGUUGCUGCAAGGGCGAGUGGGGCAGGUGCUGCCCCCAGCGCCGGGCUUCCGUGCCUUCUUUAGUGCUGCACCCCCCGCCCCACCGCCUCCCCAGCAGCACUCCCCCGGCCCAGGGCCUCACCUGCAAAACCUAAGGUCUCAGGCCCCGAUGUUUAGACCAGACACAACUCACCUCCAUCCCCAGCACCGUCGGCUCUUGCAUCAGAGGCAGCAGCAGAACAGAAAUCAGCAUCGGAGUCUUAACGGUGCGGGAGAUCGAGGAAGUCACCGGAGCAGCCAUCAGGACCAUCUCCGAAAGGACCCCUAUGCCAACCUCAUGCUGCAGCGAGAGAAAGACUGGGUCUCUAAAAUCCAGAUGAUGCAGCUACAGAGCACUGACCCCUACCUGGACGAUUUUUAUUACCAGAAUUACUUUGAAAAACUGGAGAAACUGUCAGCUGCUGAAGAAGUGCAAGGUGAAGGCCCUAAAAAGGAGCGUACCAAGCUCAUUACCCCUCAGGUGGCCAAACUGGAGCACGCCUAUAAGCCAGUGCAGUUUGAGGGCUCUCUGGGAAAGCUCACUGUCUCUAGUGUGAAUAAUCCCCGAAAGAUGAUCGAUGCUGUUGUGACAUCUCGGAGUGAGGAUGACGAGACGAAAGAAAAACAGGUUCGGGACAAGAGACGAAAAACCCUGGUCAUAAUUGAGAAAACCUAUAGUUUACUCCUUGAUGUGGAGGAUUAUGAAAGGCGGUAUCUCCUAAGUCUAGAAGAAGAGCGACCUGCCCUGGCGGAUGAAAGAAAGCACAAAAUUUGUUGCAUGUAUGACAACUUAAGGGGGAAAUUGCCUGGACAAGAGAGGCCAAGUGAUGACCACUUUGUACAGAUCAUGUGUAUCCGAAAAGGGAAGAGAAUGGUUGCCCGUAUUCUUCCUUUCCUCUCCACAGAGCAAGCAGCUGACAUUCUCAUGACAACAGCCAGGAAUCUCCCUUUCCUUAUCAAGAAGGAUGCCCAAGAUGAGGUGCUGCCAUGCUUACUGAGUCCCUUCUCCCUCCUGCUCUAUCACCUUCCAUCAGUGACUGUCACCAGCCUUCUGCAACAGCUAAUGAACCUACCUCAGAGUGCAGCCGCGCCAGCGCCCUCUAACCCUCACCUCGCUGCUGUGCUCCAGAACAAGUUUGGCCUGUCACUGCUCCUCGUCAUCCUGAGCCGUGGGGAAGACCUACAGAGUUCAGAGCCUGCUACAGAAUCCACACAGAGCAACCAGUGGACAGAGGUGAUGUUCAUGGCGACCCGAGAACUCCUGCGGAUUCCCCAAGCAGCCCUGGCCAAGCCAAUCUCAAUACCGACAAACCUGGUAUCCCUCUUUUCUCGCUAUGUUGACCGACAGAAACUGAACUUGCUGGAAACAAAGCUGCAGCUAGUUCAGGGGAUACGAUAA